ACUGAAGCGAGCAACGUUUGACCGGAAUAUGAAAUAAAACAUUGGUUUCAAAUUAUUGUUAUUAUUAAACAUGAUCAUAAUUAUUACAAAUAUUUGAAUUAGAUUUAAGAAUUUAGAAAAAUGCGCAGUUUAAAGUAAAACGUUACACUGGUCAUGUGAGCAGUACGUCAUCGUGUCACAAGGCAAACAACAUGGCUGCUUACUCGGUUGUACAUAUUUAUCUGUAACAUUAGCUGCUGUUAGCUGUCAGACGCGGAGCUUCAAAGCAUAUUAACAAAAUAAUUACAGGUAGUUUAGGCUCGUUUUAUUCGUAGCACAUGUACAGUGACACCUCGUGCUAGCUCGACAGAAGGUGCAUCUAUCGCGACAGUCGCUGACCUGUCGUCUCACCAUGGCCUCGGCGUUUGUCGUCGGGGAUAAAUUCAGAAAUAAGGUGACGGAGUUAUUAGAAAACGCUGAGUCAUCUCUGCCCCAGCGACUGAGAGAAGAGCUGGAGGAGAGUCUGGAAAAACCAGAACCAACAACACUGUCCUUCAGCACAGCAAGAGGACUGAAGAAGUUCCUUCAGGACAAAGGGCAUCCUUUCUACCUGCACGAGCUGCUGGAGGAUAGUUCACUGCACCUGCCCGAGGUCGUGAAGCCUCCCAGAAACCCAGAGCUGGUGGCCCGUCUGGAGAAGAUCAAAGCCAAACUAGCCAACGAAGAAUACAACAGAAUCACACGCAAUGUCAACACUCAGGAAAUCAACCGCACUGGAACAUUAGCAGAUUUUGGAUUACAAGUGCGAUCAGUCAAAGCAGUUGUGGUGACCAUAUUCAACUUCCUGGUCACAGUGGUUGCUACUUUUGCCUGCUCGUACAUGGGAAGUCAGUACCUGUUCACUGACACAGCGGCGCGAGUUAUAUCAGCUGUGAUUGCUGCAUCUGUAGUCGGGCUUGCUGAGCUGUAUGUGCUGGUCCGGACCAUGGAAGGAGAACUCGGGGAACCAUAGCAGCAAAACCAGUGUAUUGUAGCAGAACUCGAAGCAGAACUCUGAUGACCCCACCGAGCUUUCUGAUCCAGAACAGACAUUUGACUUUGCCAUGAAAACUUAGUUUCUUUGAUGGGAAAAUUGAUGGAUUUAAACUUACUGAAAAUGAACAAAUCAGUGAGCACAGUAGCACUGAGUGGAAGGUGGAGCAUUGCAAGAAAGAAAAUUGAAAUCUGCUCUUUGUUUAUGUCAAAUAUUACUGUUCUACCUGACAUUCAGCUCAGGAAUCAAAACAUGAGCGAUAUGAGUCAUAUGUCUUAUUUAUUGAAAGCUGUUUUUUUAUUUCAUAUUUUUCCUAAAACUUGACCUGGUGUUUUUCUGUUUUUCUUCCUCCUCUGUCUUGUUGACACAGUCCUUUAAAAAUAAAUGUUCAUUUUCUCAGAUGUAAUCAUAUUUUUGUGUUCAAUAAAAGGCACUGAUUGAUAAAGUUGAUAAUCCUCCUGUUAGUGUUCUCUACACCGAUAAAAUAUG